AUGGCUGCAAGCCCGGCUCCUCCGCCCUCACUCAGCUCUCUGACCUCGUAUUGGCAACGGGUAGCCAUACCCAAUUGCCGUGGUGCUCAGCUCACUUCCUUGUCCCUCCGUCUGUGUCUCACGCACGCACACUCAAGGGGGUUUCGCCAGGCAGCUGCCAGCCAAAGAGCCGGCGAGGCUUUAAAGCCCGCGCAGAAGGCAGAAUUUCGGCAGGUCGCCAGGGACGUGCCUGCAGGUUGCAGCAUGGGGAAACUGCAUGCAGGAGGAAGCUGCCAGCCAGUGUUGGUAACGCUAGGGCAGCUUCGUAUGAUGCCCUGUAACUCAACUGCAAUCACAGGGCCGGGACAGGAAGAGGCGGCUCGUGCUUGA